AUGUCAAAUAUAUUCAUCUCUACUACGAAUUGUGGUAAGGCCCAUGAAGCAGACAUCUUCAGCGUUGCUGUGUGUGUACCAUACACGAUAACUGGUUCCGGUGACGGGUCAAUCAAGCUUUGGAAGAACAAAUUGCUGGACAACGAAGUGCCCAGGGACUACCAUAUUAGCAAGUUUGUGCAUAAAACCGGUAUACAUCAUGUGGACGUGUUCCACUCAGUGGAGAAGGGAGGACAUGAGAUCUGUAUAAUCUCGUGUGUUGCGUUCUCUGGAGAUAUAUUCUUUUAUGAAGUGGAUGUUAAGAAUGGUACCCUUAGUAGCAUAGAUCUGCUGACUGCCAAAGAGAAGAAAAAAUCCUAUUGGGCGGUGAAGUGGUUCAAGAGCGAUGACCAAAUUGUCUGCCAUAGAUUUGCCGCAACAGACGUCAAAGGUAAUACAUAUGUAUGGAGAUUCCAUCCUUUUACCAAAGAACUCGAUGAGGAAGAAGCUCAGACGGAGAAAUUGAAGAGGGAAGCUAGGCUAAAGAGGAAUAGAUUCCAAUCAUUGGAUGAGAAAAUCGCAGAAGAGACCUCCGAAGAGAGAGAAUCUCAAGAGGAUUUAAUCUUAGAGCCCCACCUGGCUUUACAAGGCGAAAUAGCAGCCACAGAACCUGUUUUUGCUACCUGCCUAGAUAUUUCACCUAAUGGGUUAAUAGCUACCGGUUUUGCCAAUGGUACUAUUGUCGUUUCACAAGUUAGCACACUAAGACCUAUCCAUAGUUUUGAGGGUUUUGGUAUACAGGGCAUCGAGCAGAACAGCAAUACCGUGCGUGAUGUCAAAUUUUCACCUAUGGGAACAUUGCUCGCUGUGGCUAAUGACUCUGGAUCGUACGGUUGUGUUACACUAUAUGAAACUGAAUUUGGUGAACGUGUCGGAUCUUUCUCAGUUCCAACUCAUAGCACACAGUCGAGUAUAGGUACUUUUGCACAUAACGGAUGGGUUUUCGGAUUGUCCUUCAAUUCUACCGGUGAAUUUCUAGCGACUUGUGGUUACGAUAGUAAAGUGAGAGUAUGGGAUGUGAAAUCGAGAGAGCGCGUAUCUACCAUUAACAUUAGCGCUAAUGAUGUCGAAAAUGAACAGGAAAUCAUGCUAGAAGACGAGUCUGGCGAUUCUUUAAAGUAUCCUCCUGUCUUUGGAGUUAAAUUCAUUGCCAAAGGCAUCCGUGGCGGUAUGGGUAGUGAUUCAAACGAAGGAUUGUGUUGCGUUUGCAUGGAUCGAAGUGUAAGAUGGUUCAGAGAAGCUGGCGGCAGUUAG